AUGGCGGUGACCGUGUCAAAGACAGUUCAUCUCAUCACAGGACUGGUCAUUGUUUUCCAGUUUCAAAUAAGCUUCAUGAAGCUGAAAUCUGCCGGUGGAGUCUACCGUACUGACACACAGGGGCUGCCUUCUCCAGAGGGAAGGCUGCAUGUAAACAUCGGGAGUCACAGGCCCAGGGAGAGGAGGUGGGCAUCCAGGCCCCGGUCCGGGGCCCCUGGCUGGGCUGCAGAUAAGAGAGGCCACUACAGAAACCAGCAUCAACCAGAAGAGUCAGAUCCAGACCUGCUGAUGGGCAAUUCUACACAGAUAGUGCACAUUGAUCACGCCUACUACACAUCUAAAAUAUACAGUCCUGGAGACACAGCCAGUAAAGAGCUGUGGGUGAACAUCGAUGAGAUGGAGGAGGAUGAGUGGAAGGUCCGUGGCUUCCUGUCCAGCACCCACAGACAGGCUGAGAGAGUGAAUCUUUCCUUCGACUUUCCUUUCUAUGGACACAUACUAAGGGAAAUCACAGUGGCAACCGGAGGUUUCAUUUACACUGGGGAUAUAAUUCACCGGAUGCUCACAGCCACUCAGUACAUCGCCCCUCUGAUGGCUAAUUUUGACCCAAGCCUUUCCAAAAACUCCACUGUGCUUUACUUUGAUAAUGGGACUGCCUUGGUGGUUCAGUGGAACCAGAUUCACCUCCAGGACGUCAGUCUGGGUACUUUCACCUUCCAGGCUGCACUGCACAGUGACGGACGGAUUGUCUUUGCAUACAAAGAGAUUCCUGUUGACAUCAGCAACAUCAGCACUGAGAACCAUCCUGUCAAAGUGGGCUUAUCAGAUGCUUUUGUAGUCCUUCAUGAGAUAGAGCAGAUCCCCAAUGUUCGGAGGAGAACCAUCUAUGAGUAUCACAAAGUCGACAUCCUCAAGUCCAAAAUCUCCAGCUCUACAGCUGUGGAGAUGCUACCUCUUCCUACAUGUCUGCAGUUCUCCAGCUGUGGUCCAUGUGUCACUUCUCAGAUUGGCUUUAACUGCAGUUGGUGCAGUCGGCUACAAAGAUGCUCCAGUGGCUUUGAUCGUAACCGGCAGGACUGGGUCGACCUUGGCUGUCCAGAUGAGAGACGGGAUCCCCGGUGUCUCCAAACAACAGACGUCACAAACACCUCAUCUCACCAUCUGACGCACACGACCACUCCUGUUACAGCGACCGCAGUGCAGCAGAGGACCUCCAUCAUGGCCUCCACUCCCCUCAGCAGGACGUCCAUUGUCACCAACCCCUCAACACACAGCAGCACAAGCAGAAGAAUAUCCACUCCACAGCCUCCUACCAGCAAACCUGCAGAGAAUGACACAAAGAUCUCUCUGCACAUCAAUGAAACACCAGGAGACAAGGAGAACACAGGAGAGCGUGAUGAGCGGCUGCAGAUCGGUCUCCUGGUGGGCAUCGUCAUGAUGAUGGUCAUCAUGGCAGCAGCCGUCCUCCUGUCCGUUUACAUGUACAACCACCCCACCUCCAGCGCCAGCCUCUUCUUCAUGGAGCGGCGGCCAACCCGCUGGCCAAUCAUGAAGUUCAGGCGGGGGUCUGGUCGCCCCUCGUACGCCGAGGUGGAGGCUCCCGGUCAGGACAAAGACAGCACGGUGGUCAUCGACCCCAAACAGUCUUUUGUCAUGUCAGACAGAAGAGAGAGCGAACAGAAAGAAGGAUUCAUAGUUCCUGAUCAGAGAGAGCGCUUCCUAGUCUCAGAGAGCUCCUGACCAAAACUACAUAUCCCAGCAGGCUUUGGGGACAGAGCUGGUUCUCUAUGUGAGUUAGCAUUCCUUCCUUGAAUGCUGAUACAUUUUUCAGUUUAGUUGUCGCUCAAUCUCACUUUAAGGACAGAAAUUGAGCAUUGAAAAAGGAAAAUGUUAAACAUCUGAGAAAACUGUAACUACAAAUUAUUUUAU